AGCCUUGCGGGGGAUGGAGCCGCCCCAGGACCUGCGGGAAUGCAGACGAGAAGGGGAGGAGCGCGAUUGCGCCCGGGAUGGGUUGCCGGGCCGGCCGGGGAGGUGGUGGUCCAGAGGCCCGAGGUCGGCGGGACCUGAUCGAAGGCAGCGCCGCGUCGACCGACCCCGGGAGCCGGACGCUUGGGAGCCCCAGCCCGGCCGCGGCGCCCGGUCACUGAAGUUGCGGCCCAACUCCCAGCCGCCUCCAAGCUUCUCGAGCUACCGUUCCUGGCCCCUCCAAGGGAGUCUCACAGAGCUAGGUGGCCCUCGGCCUUGCCAAAGUCAUUUUAACUGUUUGGAACUCGUGAGAAAGAACCGAGAAGUGGAGAGCCCAGCCGGGGAGUUUUCAGCUUUUCUGUUUCACUUCGGGCUUCUUCUAUUCAAAUGGCUCUGCGCUGGCCACCGAAUCCUGAAUGAGGCGGGGCUCCUCUGCCCCAACGCCAGCAGCGGGAACUUGGUUCCCCUGGGCAGCCGGGGGCAGGGGGCGCCGAGGCCGUGGCGAUAAUGAAGGCUGAGACGGCCAAGGCCAGGGGGGUCGGCGCGGGGCGCUCCCGGGCCAGAGUGGCCAUCGGCCGGAGUUCAGGAGGUCUGUGACAAGCAGGGAACAAGGCAACGGACGGCGCAGCCCAGCCCCGGCUGACGGACGCUGGCGACUCAGACAUGGACAGUAGCUGCCACAACGCGACUACCAAAAUGUUAGCGACUGCUCCAGCUCGGGGCAACAUGAUGAGCACGUCCAAACCCUUGGCUUUCUCCAUUGAACGAAUCAUGGCGCGCACCCCAGAGCCCAAGGCCCUGCCAGUCCCCCACUUCCUGCAGGGAGCCUUACCCAAGGGGGAACCCAAGCACUCUCUGCAUCUCAACUCGUCGAUCCCCUGCAUGAUCCCCUUCGUGCCUGUGGCCUACGACACAAGCCCCAAGGCAGGAGUGACGGGCUCCGAGCCGCGGAAGGCCAGUCUGGAGGCCCCGGCGGCGCCCCCGGCGGUGCCCUCGGCGCCGGCAUUCAGCUGCAGCGACCUGCUCAACUGCGCACUGAGUCUCAAGGGCGACCUGGCCCGCGACGCGCUGCCGCUGCAGCAGUACAAGCUGGUAAGGCCGCGUGUGGUCAACCACUCUUCAUUCCACGCCAUGGGCGCCUUGUGCUACCUGAACCGAGGUGACGGCCCAUGCCACCCGGCAGCCAGCGUGAACAUCCACCCGGUGGCCUCCUACUUCCUCAGUUCCCCUUUGCACCCGCAGCCAAAAACGUAUUUAGCCGAAAGGAAUAAACUGGUGGUCCCGGCGGUGGAGAAAUACCCUUCUGGAGUAGCUUUCAAAGACCUGUCCCAAGCUCAGCUGCAGCAUUACAUGAAAGAAAGCGCCCAGCUUCUGUCGGAAAAAAUCGCGUUCAAAACCUCGGAUUUCAGCCGAGGCUCUCCUAAUGCCAAGCCCAAAGUUUUCACUUGCGAAGUGUGUGGAAAGGUCUUUAAUGCGCACUAUAACUUAACCCGUCACAUGCCAGUGCACACAGGAGCCAGACCCUUCGUUUGCAAAGUGUGCGGAAAAGGUUUCAGGCAAGCAAGCACCCUGUGCAGGCACAAGAUCAUUCACACGCAGGAAAAACCUCACAAAUGUAACCAGUGUGGCAAAGCAUUUAAUAGAAGUUCCACUUUAAACACUCAUACCCGAAUACACGCGGGCUACAAACCGUUUGUGUGUGAAUUCUGUGGCAAAGGGUUUCAUCAAAAAGGGAAUUACAAAAACCACAAGUUGACCCACAGCGGGGAGAAGCAGUUCAAGUGCAAUAUCUGCAACAAGGCUUUCCACCAGGUUUACAACCUCACCUUCCACAUGCACACCCACAACGACAAGAAGCCUUUCACCUGCCCCACGUGCGGCAAGGGUUUCUGCAGGAACUUUGACCUCAAGAAGCACGUCCGCAAGCUGCACGACAGCAGCCUGGGGCUGGCCCGCACGCCAGCUGGCGAACCAGGCACUGAACCACCGCCCCCGCUACAGCAGCAGCCGCCGGUGACGCUGCCUCCUCUGCAGCCGCCGCUGCCAACCCCGGGGCCCCUGCAGCCCGGGCUCCACCAGGGCCACCAGUGAUCGAGGCUAAGGGUCCUCCCAGCCUCAGCCGUGCCCCCACGCUGAGGCAGCGGCAGACUAGAGCUCCUGGUCCGAGUUCGUCUGCGCCCCCCAGGGCAUGUAGGGCCCCACAUUUUAGGGCCGACCAGAAGCCUCUGCAGCCCCUGGCCUUUCGCCUCUUGCAUGCACCUGCUAAAUGGUUUUGUGUAUUAUAUUCUAUAUAGGCACUAACAAUUAUGAAAAAUUUGGAGUUUUGCUUGUUUUCUGUUUUUCUUUUUUUUUUUUUAAUUUGGAAAGACUUUUCAUCUUGGGUGGAGAGAUGGUGUUUGUUUUGUUUUGUUUAAGCAAAUUUCUGCUAUAUUUAUUGAGAUCUGUAUUAUUCUACCCGGGAAUGCUGCAUCAUUUUAAUUUUAUUAUUGUAUAUAUUUCCAUUGUGUUGAUUCUCCGGUCUCAAGAUGUCUGCUGGAUGUUGAUCAUUUCCUCUUUCCCCGAAGUAACAAAACACUGUGUGUAUGUCAUAUAUACACGCAUAGAUGUGUGCGCCCAUAGGGGUACAUUUCACAUUCGUGAGCACACACACAUACAUAUUAGAUAAGGGUGGUUCAUUAUGGAUGAUUUUGAAUUUUGGUUUUGAUUAUUGCACGUGAAAAUUGAUUCAUUGACUGUUGGAAAUAAAUACUUGGAACAUGCUUAUUUAAUCAACAAA